AUGGCUAACUUCGAUUGGCAUGCUGAGAGAACUGAUCUCUCUGGUAUCGCACUUUUGGAUCGUGCCCCGGAGAGCGAGGGUAUCGAUCUCAAACAAGUCCGCCUCUAUCGCCAAGGUCGACUUCGAGAGCAGAUGGUCAAGUACGGCGUUGAUGCUGUCAUCCUAUCUGAUCCUGUCAACAUCCGCUAUGCAACUGGUACCCGAAACAUGCAAAUCUUUAGCAUGCGCAAUGCCCCAUCUCGUUACCUCCUUCUCACGGCCAAACGAUCGAUCCUUUUCGAGUUUACAGGGUGCUCUCAUCUCGCUGACGGAUACGAAACAGUCGACGAAGUACGCGCUGCGAAAACGGCUAGCUUCGUCGCCGCCGGUCCCAAGAUCGAAGAACGAGAAAAGGCUUGGGCGUUGGACAUGGCCGAGCUUAUCAGCCAAAUCAUCGACAAGCCCACGGCUGAGAUUGCAGUGGGUUUGGAGCGUCUCAAUGCUAAUACUGCUAUACAACUUCGCGACUCUGGUUUUAAGAUCGUAGAUGCGCAAAGGCCUGUCGAAAUGGCACGCGCUAUCAAGUCUCCAGAGGAGGUCAAGUGUGUAGUUGCAUCUUUGCGCGCCACCGAGGUUGCUGUGGGAAAGUUGCGCGAGGCAAUUCGUCCAGGCCUGACUGAAAAUGAGCUCUGGUCAGUGCUACAUAAGUCUGUUAUUGAACAAAAUGGAGAUUAUUGCGAGACGCGCUUGUUAAGUGCAGGCUCGCGCACCAACCCUUGGUUUCAAGAGACAGCAAGCUACAAGAUACAACCUAACGACCUUGUUGCUCUUGACACUGACGUGGUUGGCUGCCACGGGUAUUAUUCUGAUUUCUCACGGACGUUUCAUGCUGGGCCCGACCCUCCCAGCGAGAAACAAAAGGAGCUUUAUAGAGUGGCACAUGAGCAGGUUACGCAUAAUAUGAGAAUCCUCAAACCAGGCAUGACAUUUCGCGAAUACUCUGAUCAAUCUUGGGACAUCCCAGCUAAAUACUACGAGAAUCGCUAUUAUCUCUCCGCCCACGGAUGUGGGCUGACAGGUGAAUACCCCUAUCUCUAUCACCACGGUGACUUCCCCGAUGCAGGCUAUGAUGGUGUUAUCGAGCCGGGUAUGGUUAUUUGCGUAGAAAGUUAUAUCGGCGAGGAGGAGGGAACCGAGGGUGUCAAGCUUGAGCAACAGGUAUUAAUUACCGAAACAGGCAUCAAACUUCUUUCAGAGUUCCCCUUUGAGUCUUCUUUACUAGAUUAG